CGUUCACAAGCUAUGCAUAUCAUCAACUUCAAGUAAAAUACUCUAUUAAUUCCCAUAUGCAGUUGGGUUUCCUGGCUAAUAAUUAGAAUUAAGGUAGAUUUAAUUCAUGAUCUUCUCAUCUUCAAAAGGUGGUAAGUAGAUUUUGCUACUUUUGUACUGUGCAUCCUUCUGCAGAAUUAUAUCGAUCAGUCUUUAAGGCCUGGUAGUGAAAGACACGAUGGUGCGAUUGUCGCUUGCUUCUUAAAGGACCCCAAGGGAAUAGAAGUAGAGGAACCCAUGUUCGGAACACGUUGGAUGGUACCAAAUAUAGGUCGUGAUCUACUAAUGCUCGAGAACCAAUUACCCAUGUUUGUAUUGCAGAAAAUGUACUUGAUGAGUUCCUCAAGCACUUCUAGUCCAACGACUUCACUGAACAAGCUUGCACUUAGGUUCUUUGAAGGCUUGAGACUUGGUAGGGACAAAAUGCCUAGCGAAAAGCUCAAAAUUGAAAAUGAGUAUCAGCAUCUACUGGAUUUAUUCCAUUCUAGCUUUUUUCCAAGGCAUGACACUAAUCCUUCAAAAUUUUCAAAGGAAAAGGAUAUUGAAAGACUUCCUGGGAAGGGUUGGGUUAAUAGUGCCACAAGGCUUGAUUUUACAGGCAUUAAACUGAAAUGCAAAUUGCGCUAUAAUCAUCUGCUUGAUAUGGAGUUUAAAGGGAAAGUGUUAAAGAUCCCCACUAUCUACCUUAAUGAUGGCACUAGCCCUCUGUUAAGAAAUUUGAUAGCUUUUGAACAGAGCAACCGAUAUGUUUCAGCUUAUUUUACAUGUCUUGCUGUUUUUUACGAUAGUAUUAUAGACACACAAAAAGAUGUCAACAUUCUUCGCAACGUGGGGAUUAUCAAACAGGUAAAAGGCGGCAACAAUGAAAUACUUGAUCUUUUGAAUAGUCUUAGCAAAGAGCUAGAGUUUGACAUGGAAGAUUGUUGCAUGAUAAUGCCACAAAUUGAUCAAAUAAACUAUAAAUGUCGAUCAUGGAAGGCCAUUUUGAAGAUCAAAAUUUGGUCGUGUCUCUCUCGUUUGGACUAUCUAUCUUAUGUUUUAACCUACCUUACCAUUGGCCAGACUGUUUUUACCAUUCUCUACAAUUAUAGUUGAUCAUUGAGAAUACACCUCUAGGUCGAUUAAAAAUAUAUACAUAGUGUUAAUAUAUCGAAGCUUUUCUUUUUUUUUGUUUUUGUUUGUUUAUUUUGGCUUUUUUUUGUAUGUGUGGUGCUUUUAUAAUAGCAUGUAAGAUAUGAGAAUAAUGGAUAAUGUGUA